AUGGCAAAAGAGUAAUUAUAUACAAUAUGCUCCAGAUGUUAGGAACUUCUUCGUACUCUAAGUCAAUCAAGGGCAAUCAAUGGGGAUGCAUUUGAAGCACUAUCCAAACGAAUAGGGGACAAUAGAUAAGCAGACAUUUUAGUUACAAAUUUGCUAUUUCGACCUAUGAUCGUGUUCCUAAAACCAAAAUACUAUCGAAUAUUCAUGCAAUAACAUUAAGAUUAUACUAAAUUCCCUAUGAUAGUCGACAAGAGAUUGAUGACCAAAGGCAUGAUAAUGGAGGGGGGAGCCAAGUGGCUACAAUAAAGACGCCUUUUGGGAACUCAUUUCGAAUAUAACAAGCUCAUCAACCUGAUUCCGAUGAUAAAUGAUGUAGCCCAAAGGAAAUUGGCCAAUCUACCUAAUGAAGUAUUCCCAGCCAUGAAUUUGGCCUCUUCAAUUACGGGAGAGAUUGUUCUCAAGGCUUUCUUCGGUGAGGACAUUGCUUAAUUGAGUCUAAACGGACAAGAUCCAUCAUAAUGCGUCACUCAGCUUAUAACUCGAUUUGGAUAAUUAACAACUGAGUCUCGAUUCUUUCAAAUAAAGAGAGCAUUGCUCGAAGAAAAAGUAUUCAGUCUAUUCCCCAGAAAAAUAGAAUAGGAUCUAUAUGAAUUAAAUACCGUUAUGCUUGAUCACAUGAAAAAGGCAAUAAAAAAUAGAAUGGAAAAAUUGAAGAAUUGCAAGAACAUUGAACACCAGGAUUACCUUGAUGUUUAUUUGGAUGUGUACCUAAACAAAAACGAUUCUAUGGAUCCACCCAUAACAGAAGAUGAAAUACUACAAUAAUCUAUCACACUUUACUUUGCAGGAACUGAAACUACUGCAAAUCUAGUUACUACAGCUUGUUAUUUUUUAGCUGAGAAUCAGCUGCUUUAAGAAGAAAUUUACUAGGAAAUUCUUGAAGUUUUGAAUGGAGAACUAAUUAUAACAGCUAAACACUUACAAAAUCUGUAAAAAGUAGCAGGAUUUUUAAUGGAAUGUCUUCGAUUAAAGCCAGUUGCACCUAUGUUGAUAUCUAAACAAGCAUUAAAGGAUUUAUACAUCAAAGAUAUAUUCAUCAAAAAAGGAUGGUAUGUCAAUUAUAUGGUUUUAUCAAAUGCAUAAAAUCAGAAAUACUUUUCGAAUCCAACCCAGAUCGAUAUUACAAGGUGGAAGGCUGAUGGAACUCUCAAAGACUCAACCAUCGAUCCAUUUGCCUUUGUGCCAUUUUCAGCUGGAGGUAGAAAUUGCAUAGGAUAAUACCUUGCAAUUAUUGAGAGCAAAAUUGUCAUCUCAAAAAUACUCUUAAACUAUAAAUUGAAAUUGAAUUAGAAGAUCGCUAAAGCAGAGUGGAUAGCUAAAUUUACGUAUGGUCUAUCAAAUCAAGAUUACAUUACAUGGGAAGCAAGAUGA